GUCCUGAAAGCUGACUUCCUCCUCCCCUUCAGUCUUGGCAGGUGUACCGGCUCCUCCCCUUCAGUCUUGGCAGGUGUACCGGCUCCUCCCCUUCAGUCUUGGCAGGUGUACCGGCUCCGGCUCCUCCCCUUCAGUCUUGGCAGGUGUACCGGCUCCUCCCCUUCAGUCUUGGCAGGUGUACCGGCUCCUCCCCUUCAGUCUUGCACAGGUGUACCGGCUCCUCCCCUUCAGUCUUGCACAGGUGUACCGGCUCCUCCCCUUCAGUCUUGCACAGGUGUACCGGCUCCUCCCCCUUCAGUCUUGCACAGGUGUACCGGCUCCUCCCCUUCAGUCUUGCACAGGUGUUGUACCAGCUCCUCCCUUCAGUCUUGCGCAGGUGUACCGGCUCCUCCCCUCAGUACAGACCUCCCCUUCCACGGUACAGACCAACCUCCCCAAAACAUAACACACCUGUACAGACCCCUCAACUCUUCAGUACUUAGACAGUCACCCCUCCCCAGUACAGACCCCUCGGAACAGUUACCCCCCAGUACAGACCCCCCCCCCUAGAAUCCCCAGUACAGAAUUCCAACUAUGUCUCUACUGGGGGGGGUUGUACUGAAGAGGAGUUGACUG